GCGAGUGGAAGAACGCGUCUCUCUCUCUCUCUCUCUCUCUCGCUCUCCCCCUCUCUCUCGCUCUCUUCCUCUUUCCUUCCUCCGUGCGUAAAGGACCGAAGCUGUUCUCCUGCAAGUCCCGUGGACGACACUCAACGAGCCGCAGCAUUUCCCCCCCAGUGACAGCAUCAUCCAGGCACCGCUGCAGAGAUGGAGGUACCAGCCUUGGCGCACAACAUCACCAGUCCGUUGAGUCCCUGCGAGGGGAUGAUCAAGGACCUGAGCCUGGACGCCAUACAGUUGUGCGAGCGAGAUGGGAGUAAAUCCCAGGACGGCAGCAUCUCGGAGAACGAGGAGCUUCCUGUUCCCCAGAACAUCAAGAUCAGCAACAUCACCUGCGACUCCUUCAAGAUCUGCUGGGACAUGGAGCCGCGCAGCAAGGAGCGCAUCACGCACUACUUCAUCGACCUGAACAAGAAGGAGAACAAGAACUCAAACAAGUUCAAGCACAAGGAUGUUCCGACCAAGCUGGUGGCCAAGGCCGUGCCCCUGCCCAUGACGGUUCGGGGCCACUGGUUCCUCAGCCCACGGACCGAGUACACCGUGGCCGUCCAGACCGCCUCCAAACAGACCGACGGGGACUACGCCGUCUCCGAGUGGAGUGAGAUCAUCGAGUUCUGCACCGGCGAUUAUUCCACGGUGCAUCUAAACCAGCUGCUGGAGAAGGCCGAGGCCAUCGCCGGCCGGAUGCUGCGUCUCUCCGUCUUCUACAGGAACCAGAACAAAGAAUACUUUGACCAUGCCAGGGACGAGCAGGAGAACCGCAUGCUGCCGUCGGUGAAGGACGACAGCGGCAGCCACGGCUCGCCCAUCAGUGGGAAGCUGGAGGGCCUUUUCUUCAGCUGCAACACAGAGUUCAACACCGGCAAACCGCCGCAGGACUCCCCGUACGGCCGCCACCGCUUCGAGGUCCAGGCCGACAAUCUCUUCAACCCAGACACCAACCUGUACUUUGGGGAUUUCUACUGCAUGUACACGGCCUACCACUUCGUUAUUCUGGUCCUGGCGCCGAAGGGCUCCAAGGGCGACGACUUCUGCAAGCAGCGCCUCCCUUUGCUCGACAUGGCCAACAACCCUUUCCUCACCUGCAAGCGGGUGGAGGAGGGCGAGGGCGGCCUGCUGUUUCAUCACGCCCAGGACGUCAUCCUGGAGGUCAUCUACACGGAGCCCGUGGACCUGGCGUCGGGCACGGUGGCCGAGAUCAGCGGGUACCAGCAGAUGAGCAUGUCCACGGUAAACGCCAAGAAGGACCCGAGCUGCAAGACCUGCAACAUCAGUGUGGGGCGCUAAGCUGGUGCACUGAGGAGAGCAAGGGAAGGACUCGGGGGUGACCGGCCUCCACACACACACACACACACAGGAAGUCCACGUGAACUGAUGAAGCAGAGCAACUCAUGCAUGAAGCAGCAGAUUUAGUAGACUCCCAGACAUGCACACCGACAUCUCUCUGACACCGCUCUGUACUUUGAAGGAACUCACACUUUAAAACCUGCACCAUUGACUCCUCCUCUUUAGAGGGGUCGCCCUUACAUGUUGAAAACAUACAUCAGAUCAAACGUGAAGAUGUCCACACAAGGGACCACCAGCUGACACACCACCACGGACUCAUCCAUCCAUCCUGCAAGUCAUCUCUGGCGUACUGACCAAACCCUCUAACUCUACUAAAAACAUGGGCUGCUUCCAUUUUUAAUUUUUAAUUUUGUUCAUGACCUUUGCCUUGUUGUUAUUGACAUGCUGACGAUUGUGGGCGAGCAUUUUGUUGUUUCUAGUUUUCCCUCUUUCUAGAAAUGUUUUGUUCUUUUUCCACAGUCGAGAAAAUCUGACUCGUCUUCUUUUUUUUUUUUACCUCCUACUACUAGUGGCAUGAAAUGGUACUACAACAUUCUAAGGCCGCAGCAUCAACGGUCAUCUUUCUUUAAACCAAAGGUGUUGAAAACCAGACAUGAAACUUCUGUGGAAUCUAAUGAAACAACCAACAAAUAAAUGUGUUCUCAUGUGAACUUCUCAUGAAGAAGCAGCAAAGCAUGAUGCAGUUCUGAAAGCUGACCUCUAACUUAGCAACCGUUCUGUAACACUCGCUCUUCUUUUACUGUAGUCAGUGCAAAGAAAGUAGAACCAUGAACUGUGUUUAGCAGAAUAAAUGUGAAAAAAUAUUUAUUUUUUAUUGAUAUUCAUAUAUAUAUAUAUAUUGUAUAUAUAUAGAAAAUUAUAUAAACCAGAAGUGCACAAUGUCACACACUCUGAUCAUUGUCAACAACAGCAUUUAUGGGGAAUUAAUUAAACAAAGGCAAAAAAUGGGGGGGAAGACAAAUUCGACAGCAGUAAAACUUGCACCACAUUGUCAAAGGUUCACCAUCAUUUACAUGGUCACGAUUUAGAUUCACUAUAAAAUUCAGAAUGCAUUUCAUAGCACAACGCAGGACACAAACAAACUGACAUGCACAGCCACGACAGGAUUGUCUCACUGAUUGCAUUUAAACAUUCGCCUUUUGUUUUACAAAGAAAGGACUUAAAAAAAAAAUGCAGUCUCCACAUGAACUAUGGACACAGUUGUCCAAAAAUAGAACUUUGGCAAGAAAAAAAAAAAGGCAAAGUGCGAUAGCUAUAUACGUACGGUCAUCUUAAAAUAACUAAUAUGUAACUAACAUCAAGUAGUUACAGCACUUCAUCUUUGAUACAGACUAAUGCUACAUGAGAUACACGUGCUACAUCGGGUUUGUAGCGAGACGUGUCACGACAUGAUAAAGGACUCAGUCAGAUUCUCUCCAUCUUCCAUCAGCGCUCUCCUCAUGUAAAGUGCGUCCACAUAAUGAGCAUGGCAUAGAAAAAAAACAGAACAGACCAGGCCCACCAGCUUCUCAGAUCUGAUCCAGUCCUGUUAAGUUACAUUAAAGUCCCACUGUGAGUCAACUCAAAUGACCUUGGCUGAGUCCUGUUGUUUACUGAGCAGGGCCUCCAGUAGGCGGAGCUUCGCUUUGAGGUUCUUAUACUGGCAGUACUCCUCCGCCAUCUGUCCUCGGUCCUCCUUCUGACAAGCCCUGUUCCAAACACACGGAGGGGAGACGAUGCAAAAACAAAAGGCAAAACUUAUUUUGUAGUUUCUUAACAACCUGCAGCAGCUUCCAUAACUGGUUGAUAGUCCCUAUGUUGCCUUAUUCAGAUUGCUAUGUACAGUGUGUAUUGUAAUCAAGAUCUGACCGUAUUUUGCUUUGGACGACUAACAUGUACAAAGGAUGUGAACAGUCCAGAGCAAGCGUCUUCUCUCUCUUCGUCUCUUUCCUGAGCUCUCUGUGCUGUGUUAACGUUAAGUGAGCAUCACACUAACGUCCUACCACUGCGACGUUAUUUCUUUUGUGGAUGUUUUUUUUUUUCUUUGUUUUUCACGCGGCGAUGUUGAAAACCAAAUGUUCCAAGUUUAUUAAAAGAUCAAAAUAAAAUUCAAAAGCCA